CAAUAAAUUGCCGAACAUCUACGGUCAUUCUUUGUACACGCGAAAGAAGUGUCAGUUGGAAUCAAGUUCAGCGGCUUUCAGCAGCUCUUCACACCGAUUGGGUUAAAAUAGCUUACGUGCGCUAGCUUCAAUUUCUUGUUGAUCUUCAAGCAACUUACAUAAAAACAAAUCAAAAUGUUCGUAUCAACAGUCUCCCGUAUUGCCCCCGUUGCCAGGUCCGCUCUCCUUAACGGCUCUAAGCAAUACUUGCGACCAUUGAGCAGCGCAGUCAUCAGCCAAAGCCAAACCUUGGCUGCUCAAAACACAACCCCAGUUGCUUUACUGCCACAAAUCAGGUCAUUCCAGACCUCCACUGUCACACGUGACAUUGAUUCAGCUGCCAAAUUCAUUGGUGCUGGCGCUGCCACAGUCGGUGUAGCUGGUUCCGGUGCCGGUAUCGGAACAGUAUUCGGUUCCCUCAUCAUUGGUUAUGCCAGAAAUCCAUCAUUGAAACAACAGUUGUUCUCCUACGCUAUCUUGGGUUUCGCCCUUUCUGAAGCUAUGGGUCUUUUCUGUCUUAUGAUGGCCUUCUUGCUCCUCUUCGCUUUCUAAAGUGUUUUUGUGUCCUAAGAAGACUUUAAAUCUUAAUAAAUACAACAACAACAAAAGUAAAUUAACAUCUGUACCACAACAACAACAACAACAAACACAGCUCCAUCAUCUUUAUUGUUUUUAAAAAACAUCCAAGAGUAAUAAAAGCAACACUUAUUUAAGUUUAAAACGGAAAUAAAACAAAAAUCUAUAACAAAUUCGAAAAAAAACGAAUGUACUACUAUUUCAAAUUCAAUGCAAACAGUAACAACAACAGCAACAAAAAGAUGAAAAUACUGCUAACGAAUAUAAAAAAAAUGAUAUAUGAGUAGAAGAAUUUACAAGAAAUUGAAACUCACUCAAUUAUGUAUAUUACCCGCCUCUGAAGAUUUGCAUUUUUUAUGUAAAGUUCAUUUGAAAAAAAAUUCUUCUUUUCGUUUCGUUUGUUUUAUGAACAACAAGUAAGAGAUCCGUCUGUUCCCAAGGUUUUUUGUAGAGAAUUUCAAUCCUUGGCGCGCUCUCAUUUUUCUCUAAAAAAAAUAAAAUAAGGAUUGAUUGCAUCUGGCAAAAGAUUAUAAACUCUAUGAUUUAUUUGUUUGAAAAGUCAUUUCGUGGAAUGGGGUUCUCGAUGUUUUUCGUGGUUAUACAUGAAAUGGUUGUUCUCGUUGUAGCUUCUUGUUCUUAUUUCUUCCAUUAAUUAUUUUUCGCUCAUGUUUUCUGUUUAUGAAAAAAAAAAUGUUUUUAUCUUUAUUAUUUUGUUAGUUUUCAUUUGACGAAGAAGAUAGAAACACUAGCCAGCAACAGCAAUUAAUCUUCUUCUCUAGUACAAUUGUUGUCCAUCAUGUGUAUUUUAAUAGAGAUUUUUGAAACAUUCGAAUAAUUUUGUCAUACAUGAAUUCAAAAAAAAAAAAAGAAAAACUUUCACUGCUGUACAAAUAUGUGUUUUGAAAAUGAAACAAAGAAGAAUAAAUUUCAAGGAUUUCGUGAAUGAAAACUAA